AUGAGGGGGCGGGGCCGCGGGCGGGAAGCGGAAGGCGCGUGCGUGCACCGUCGUAGCCACAGCCCGGCGGGGGGGCCGGGGGCGGCGGCGGGUCCUGCCGGAGCGAGCGGAGCCGCGGCGCUGCGGCGGGGCCUGCGGGGUCCGCGAUGAACAAGCUGCGGCAGAGCCUGCGCCGCAAGAAGCCGGCGUACGUGCCGGAGGCCAGCCGGCCCCACCAAUGGCAGGCGGACGAGGAGGCCGUGCGGCGCGGCAAGUGCAGCUUCCCCGUGCGGUACCUGGGCCACGCGGAGGUGGACGAGUCGCGGGGGAUGCACGUGUGUGAGGAGGCCGUGAAGAAGCUCAAAGCGAGCGGCCGCAAGGCCGUCAAGUCGGUGCUGUGGGUGUCGGCGGACGGGCUCCGCGUCGUGGACGACAAGACCAAGGACCUGCUCGUCGACCAGACCAUCGAGAAGGUCUCGUUCUGCGCCCCCGACCGCAACUUCGACAAGGCCUUCUCCUACAUCUGCCGGGACGGCACCACGCGCCGCUGGAUCUGCCACUGCUUCCUGGCCCUCAAGGACUCCGGCGAGCGGCUGAGCCACGCCGUGGGCUGCGCCUUCGCCGCCUGCCUGGAGCGCAAGCAGCGGCGCGAGAAGGAGUGCGGCGUCACGGCCUCCUUCGACACCUCCCGCACCAGCUUCGCCCGCGAGGGCUCCUUCCGGGCGCCGGGCGCCGCGCAGCCGGCCCAGCGCCAGGGCGUCAUGCGGCAGCUGCAGGACAAGAAGCGAGCCGAGGCGGCCCCCCCCGCCGCGGCCCCGGCCCCGGCCCCGGCGGAGCCCCCCGGGCCGGCGCAGCCCCGCAGCGCCUCGCCGCCGCCGGCCGCCACCUCGCCGGCGGAGGGGGCGGCGGGGGGGGGCCCGCAGCACGCCAUCCCCCGGCGCCACGCGCCCCUGGAGCAGCUGGUGCGCCAGGGCUCCUUCCGCGGCUUCCCGGCGCUCAGCCAGAAGAACUCGCCCUUCAAGCGGCAGCUCUCGCUGCGCCUCGACGAGCUGCCCUCCACCCUGCAGCGCAAGGACAGCUUCCAGGCCCGCGGCGCCGUGCUGGAGCUGGAGUCGAGCCCCCCCGGCGACAGCGACGGCAUCAACGACCUCUGCAGCCAGAUCGACGCCUCCUUCGCCUGCCCCCCCGGGGACCCCUUCGGCCUCGCGGCCCCCAACGGCGCCGCCACCCCCCCCGCGGAGGGGGGCCUCGCAGGCCCCGCGUCCUGGGCCGAGGGGGCGGCCGCGGGGGCCCCCCCCUUCCAGCCGGGCCACCGCCGCACCCCCUCGGAGGCCGAGCGGUGGCUCGAGGAGGUCUCCAAGACGGCCAAGGCGCAGCAGCAGCAGCAGCAGCAGCAGCAGCAGCAGCCGGGGGGGACCGGGCCCCCCGGCGGCCCCCCCUACGCCCCCCCCGGCCUCUUCCUCCCGGCCUUCGUGCCCGUGGGCGCCUACCCGCCGGCGCUGCCCUUCGGGGCGCCCGCCGUGCCCGUGGUGGGCAUCACCCCCUCGCAGAUGGUGGCCAACGCCUUCUGCGCCGCCGCCCCCCCGCCCGCCGCCGAGCUGGCCGCCAAGGCCAGCCCCUUCGCCCCCGCGCCCCCCCCGGCCCGCCCCCCGGCCCCCCCGGACCCCUUCGAGGUGCAGUGGGCGGCCCUGGGCUCCAAGCCCCCCCCGCCGGCCCCCAACCCCUUCGCCGGCGACCCGCAGAAAACCUUCGAGAUCGAGCUGUGAGCGACCCCCCCCCCUCGCCGCUGCUGCGGGUGGGGGGCCGGGGGGGCUCUGGGGCUCCCUGCUGACAGCCUGGGGGGUCCUGGAGCCCCCCCUCCCUGAGGCUGGGGGUCUCUGGGGUCCCCCAGCAAGGCUGGGGGGGGUCCUAGUGCCCCCCAGUAAGGACAAGGGGGGUCCCCAGUGCCCCACCUCAAGGCUGGGGGUCCCUGGUGCCCCCCAGUAAGGCUGGGGGCAUCCCUAGUGCCCCCCAGUAAGGCUGGGAGGGUCCCCAGUGCCCCUGUCCCAAGGCUGGGGGUCCCUGGUGCCCCCCAGCAGGGACUGGGGCACCCCCAGUGCCCCCCAGUAAGGACCAAGGGGGUCCCCAGUACCCCCACCCCAAGGGCGGGGGUCCCUGGUGCCCCCCAGCAGGGCCCAGGGUGGGCUGCUGGGUUCACAGGAGGAUGGGGGAGGCAGGACCAGGCUGGGGGGGGGUCUGGGCCCCCCCCAGCCCCCCUGCGGCUGCUCUCAGCCCCGGGGGGGUCUGAGCCCUCCCGGCAGCGCUGGGGGGCCAGGACCCCCCUGGCCCUGCGGGGGGACCAGGGACCAAGGAGGGCCCGGGGGGGGGUCCCCUCCCGGCGGGGGGCACUGGCCUCUCCAGAUCCUCUUGCGUUUUUUUUUUUUUAACUUAAGCAGAUUUUUGUAUUUUUCUCUAAUUUAAUAUAAUAUAUAUAUAAAUAUAUUCCCCUUUUAGUUCGGGGGGGCACCGCAGCCGGUGGGGGGUGACCCCCGCUCUCCGCCCCCCGCCUCCGUCAGUGCCAGCGGUGCUGCUCUUACUGCCAAUGUGUGCCCCAAAUGGGCAUUGCCCCCCCCAAGGGGGGCGAAGGGGCUGGUGCCCCCCCCGCACGCGGGCCUGGGGGGAGCCGGGGGGCAGCGGGGCCCCUGUGCGAGGAGCACAACCCCCCCAGGGCCCCGGCGCGGGGGGCGAGGCGGGUGCAGGCCCUCGUGCAAGGCCUGGGAGGGCCCUCGUGCAAGGUGUGCGCGGGACCCUCGUGCAAGCUGUUCGCACGGCCCUUGUGCAAUGCACGUGGGGCCCUCGUGCAGCAUGUGCGGGGCCCUGGUGCGAGGUGUGCAAAGGCCCUCGUGCAAUGCAUGUGGGGCUGUUGUGCAAGGUGCGCAAAGGCCCUCGUGCAACGUGCGGGGGCCCCGGUGCGAGGUGUGCAAAGGCCCCAGUGCAACGUGCACGGGGCCCCGGUGCGGGCGUGCGGGCGCGGGGCGGGUGUGCACCGGGCCCCCCCGCGCCCCGCCGAUCCCUCGGCUGCGACGGCACCGCGGCGGGGGGGGCCGCGGCCUUUUCUACCUUCCUUUCCACGGUUUUGUACCUGCGAACGGCGCUGACGCGAAUAAAGGCUCCUCCGCUUCGUA